AUGCACCUUGCCAUAGGCGCUACCGGAGUCGACGCCGACGAGGCCGCAACAAAUGAAGAGAGGAUGAAAAAGGCGGCCAAGAUCAAUCCGCGCGUGAAGGAUGCCCUCAACCAGGGCAUCGCGGAUCUCACAGAGAUGGCGCCGUGUCAUCACUUUGCCGAGCAGGCGCUGAACAUUCUACGCUUCCUAGCAAAAAAAUGGAAUAUCGAGGUCAAUGUUGACGGUGACAAAAUGCCGCCAGAGGACGCCGACAACUUGGUUAGGCCCUACACGAGCAGCCUCAACUUUUUCGCACCCAAUGUUCGAGAGGGCGAUUACAUGUGCGGCUUUGGGCCCACCCCAGAGAUUGUGGAAACGUUGCGGGCGGCUGACACGAAGAGGGCGGCAGAGACAGCAGAGAAUCCGCUCUUUUGGCCUUUUCCAAUGCAGGGAAGACCGAUGCUGCCUAUGGGGCAAGAGUUGGAGGAUGCAGGAUUGGAAACUUUUGUGCACGGCAAUAUCCCUCCAGAGGUAGGCCUUGAUGCCAGCAAUAUUUGCCAUGACACAUUAGCGAGAUUGACAACAAAUCCUUCGCGGAAAGGGCGCGAAAUACGGGAGAUACGACCAGAUAUUGAGGAGAGGAGACGGCAGAGAGGCGCAAAUUACGAGCGGAAAGACGAGCGUCGGGCAGCAGAUGCAAUGGCGUCGAAUCCAACGAAGCCGGCGACGAAUCGGCCGCAGCGGCGCGUGACGGCUGGCCAGAUUCUGUCGAUGCCGCCGAAAUGGCUGAGCAUGUACGACGACUUCAUCACCAAGAAUGCGGGCCAGGUGUCGCAAAUUGAGAGCGCGCUGAGGAGCCUGACAUAUAUCAUUCCCGGCCGCUUCCGCGAUGCCGAGAUUGCAUCCGAGUCCAUCCACUCGGGCGUCCAGCUGCUGUCGCUCUACCACGACGGCAUCCUCUCUCAGGCCGUCUCGAAGCUGCCGACGCCGCCGAUCCGGUCGGCACAUGCGCGCUACACGCGAUACUGGACGCAGAAGAGCAAGACGUACCGCCGCAUCGCCAUGGUGCUGCAGAUGGUCGUCUACACGGAGCUGCUGUGCGAGAUGAGCGCCAAGCGGCGCGGCGGCGAAAAGGGCCGGUGGAACGUGAUUGUCCUGCUCGAGGGCAUCAAGGCCUUUUGCCGCCUGAUCCUGCUGCGCGUCACGCGGUCGCGGCCGCUGGUGACGCCGGUGCUGCCGGAGCGCGAGCCGAUCCCGGAGGACGACGCCGACGCCGACGACGACGACCUGGUGACGGCGCGCAGCGAGAGCGAGCUGAUGGACGAGACGUCGCCCAACGGGUCGGCGAUUCUGCUCAGCAGCCCGCAGAAGACGGCGUACGAAAAGGAGUGGACGAUGCCGCGGACGGGCAUGAGCCUGCCCUCGCUGCCGAAUCCUGGCGACAUCAGCACGUACUUGCUGGGCCGGGUCCUGACGGCGGACGACAUCAAGCCGGCCAACAAGCUGCUCAACACGCUGCAGGGCGGCGGCCAGUUUGCCGAGAUGCUGCACAUCCUGACGCCGCUCAUCUACGCCGUGGCGCUGGCCCGCACGCGCAACAAGAAGUCGUGGACGCCGUGGCUGGUGGGCGUGAGCGUGGAAUACGCGGCGCGGCAGCUGAGGCAGCGCAGCCUGCGGACGUCUGCGCUGGAGCGCGACGAGUGGAACAAGCGCGGCUGGGCGAUGAUCUGGUGGGCGAUGAGGGGCGCCUUCUACGAGAAUGUGACAAAGGGGGCGGUGAGCGGGAUGACGAGACGGAUGCCGGGCUUUAUUGCGGGCAUUUUGGAGGAUUACGAGUAUUUGUGGGAGAAUUACUAUUUUAGCACGAGUGCUUGA